GGUGGUGGUGCUUGGCUGGGUGGCCAGCUCUUCUCUGCGAUGGUCAUGCGUCGGCCCGCGGAGGUCUUUUUGAAUGCACUGGGCGUGCCUUACGAGGAAGACCCAUCGAACCCCAGCUAUGUCGUCGUGAAACAUGCGUCCUUGUUCACCUCGACCUUGCUGUCCAAGGUCCUCUCCUUCCCAAACGUCAAGCUCUUCAACGCCACCAGCGUGGAGGACUUGGUGACUCGUCCCUCCCCCAACGGAGAUCCCAAGGAGACCCGCAUCGCGGGUGUAGUCACCAACUGGACGCUGGUGACUCUGCACCACGAUGACCACUCCUGCAUGGACCCCAACACCAUCAACGCGCCUCUUGUGAUCAGCACCACCGGACACGACGGCCCGUUCGGAGCCUUCUCGGCCAAGCGCCUGGUCUCGAUGGCGACCGUUGACAAGCUGGGCGGCAUGCGGGGUCUGGACAUGAACUCCGCCGAGGAUGCGAUCGUCAAGAACACUCGUGAGGUCACCAAGGGCCUGAUCAUCGGCGGCAUGGAGCUGUCGGAGAUCGACGGCUUCAACCGCAUGGGCCCGACCUUUGGUGCGAUGGUGCUCAGCGGUGUCAAGGCGGCCGAGGAGGCCCUCAAGGUCUUUGAUGAGCGCCAGCGUGAGUGUGCCGAGUAAGAUGAUCGUAUUGUCGAGCUGCAACUCUACGAAUGAGAUGUCUACGAAGCUGCCGGUGAUUUUCUUUCGGAAUGUUCGGUGACUUUUGUUUCGUUAUCAAGAAAUGUCCACAAAUUGAAACGAAUGCGCUUGAUAGC